AUAAUUUCGUCCACAUUCUAUAUUUCAUGCCUACAAAAGAGAGCAAGCAGCAUAUCUACAAGUCAUUGUUGCAUAAAACUAAAAGGAGAAAAAAUAUCACCCAAAACAAAGAUGGACAACAAAUUUUGUUCAAAUUUGGCCAUCCUUACACUUUUUGCCGUCUUGCAAUGUCUUUCAACAAUGAGUUCAGCAGAGGAUUUCGAUUUCUUUUAUUUUGUUCAACAGUGGCCUGGAUCAUAUUGCGACACGAAGAAAAGCUGUUGUUACCCGACGACCGGAAAACCGCCAUCGAACUUUGGCAUCCAUGGACUUUGGCCGAAUAAUGAAGAUGGCUCUUACCCUUCAAAUUGCGAUUCAAACAAUCCUUAUGAUCAAUCUAAGAUAUCAGAAUUGAUAAGCAGAAUGCAACAAGAUUGGGCAACUCUUGCCUGCCCAAGCAAUGAUGGGACCAAAUUUUGGAGUCAUGAAUGGGACAAACACGGGACAUGCUCUGAGCCUGUUUUGGACCAAAAUGCCUACUUUAAAGCUGCUCUUAACCUCAAGUCUAAACUUGAUCUUCUCCAAAUUCUUCGAAGUGCAGGUAUCAAUCCAGAUGGGGGUUCUUACAGCUUGAGCAGCAUAAAGAGUACAAUUGGAGAAGCAAUUGGUUACACGCCAUAUAUUGAAUGCAAUGUGGAUGAAGAAGGAAACAGUCAAUUAUAUCAGAUAUAUGUUUGUGUAGACACUUCUGCUUCUAAGUUAAUUGAAUGUCCGGUCUUUCCAAGAGGGAGAUGUGACUCUACCAUUGAAUUUCCAUCAUUUUAGGCACUAAGACGGCUCGAAAAGCAUACCUUACUUGGAUUGCAAUUCAACAAGACUAAAUAAAAUUUGGAGGGUUUAUAUUAUGGUCAAUUUGAAUUGUAAUAUGUUUCUUGUUAGUUGUUGUAUUGAUUUACGACUACAAGAAUGAGAAAUCACUUGAUAGGUGCAUCAAGAUGAAAAAUAAAUAUAUGAGUUGGUUCUACGUAUAUACUAAUACAACGCACGUGAACUACUGAUGUCGUGCGAAUGAGAAAUAAAAGAAGAGAUUUCUCUUCUGAAUAUGUAUUUUUCUUUUUAAUAAUCAACAACCUCAGGA